CAUCUCUCCUCCCUCAGGAGAACCCUAUAGAUUUAAGGCGAUGGAAGAUUGCUUGACGUAGCUUUGACGUGGAAAUACUCAUUUCCAUUGAAGCCAGAGAAGGUCUUUGCUAUUUUUUUUCCAGCACAGACUCUACAAGACAGACCUGCUGUACUAUCUGUUCACAUAGCAACAAGGGGGGGAAAAGAAGAGGAAUUCACAUUUACUCCUGUCUGUUCUUAAAAUAUUGUACAUAUUGCACAUAUCCCCACUGGAAAUGGAAGGAAGAUCUUCUCAGUACAUGGUUUUGGUUUCUGUAUUCUCCUGGUGCAGUAUACUAUGUGUAACUGGGGUAGAGAGACAAUAUGUCAAUGAGUGGGCUGCAGAGAUUCCUGGGGGGUCUGAAGAAGCCAAACUGCUGGCCGAACAGUUGGCAUAUGAUUACAUUGGCCAGGUAAGUCUAAGCCUGUCUUGCAACUUUUCUUAAUGUUAAUCUGUCAGAUGUACCUGUUGGGUUUGUACACCAAUAUCCACAUAGAACAUUUUCUGUAUGUACUUAAAUAUCAUGUGAAUGUGUGAGAUCUCAUGUGACCUGCUUACUCUGUUCUGGGUCUAUUAAGUAGUGUCACAGAACACAGAGUAGCUGUUUAUGUUUAUUGGUAUCUGGUUUUCUCGAUAGAUUGUUUGAUAAUCUGCAUAUCCUUUGCAUGGAAUCAAGCUUUGGAAAAACAAAACAAGUUUUUUAGGACCUAGUGGGGAUUCAUUCACUUAACUGUAAUUUCUGGAAGAAUUAAAGAGACAGAGAAAAAAUAGGCAUAACUAGUUGAAUUAGAAGAUCCCUCUGCUUUUUGCAGCUCAGCUAUUAUGGUCUGAAAUCUGUUUAUUCUCUAGAAUUCCUGGUUUAUAGACUGAACCCUGUAGAAUCCUGAAUACUGGGGCAGAAUUCUAGAAUUUGCAUUGUAAAAGGUGCAGAUUACACUGUAGUCAAAAUGUAGCCCUCUCUCUUGUCAUCCUCAUCACUCAUCAAUGACACAUUCUGGUGGGAGCAUCAAUAAUUGAAUUGCAGUAAUUGAGGCACAACAAUAAACAUUUGUAUGUUCCUAUCAUCUUGCUACUGUGACUCAUACACUAGGAGGCCUGUUACUGUGUUGCAGAGCCUUAAUAACAUGUAUUAAAUCAGACAGGUGGUACUUGCACCUCUGAUAGGGAUCACUGGGUUCUUGAGUCAUGAAUAAAACUGAUGUAUGAAAUAUGUUUAGGGUUUUUGUAGAAAUCAUAUUGCCAGAGAUCUGUCAGUAUCAUUAAUACUAAUCUCCAGAAUUUGCAUACAGAGCAUAAGAUAUAUUUGUAUAGUCAAUAUGGCAGUGUUAUAUAAACAGCCACAGCAUUUCUUCAUUGAACAGGACUGGAUACGGAUUUAUUAACAGCUUGAAACACAGUACAGUAUGCCCAGUAAAAAAAGAAUCAGGGUCACAGUUUGAUAUUAAACAUGUUCUGGUGUGGACUUAUCACAUAUAAUUAAGAUAAAGAAGGCGUGAUGUAAAUGGGACAUGGGAUUGGAGAAAUAGUGAUUUAAUGUACCAGUCGCAUAGUGAAUGGCACUCAAUGCUACGUUUAAGCGUAUACUGUUGUACAACACUACAGAAUAUGUUGGCACUUCAUAAAUAAUAAUAAUAGUAAUUUUAUUAGCUGCGGAGACAAGUGCGAUCAAUGGUUAUAAUUUAAAGUAAUUUAAUAUACUGGCGGCAACAUGCAAACAUCUGUGUAAGAAUGGUAGCAUUUAAACAUAAUAUAGAUUUUAUUCCAAAAUAAAUAUAUAUUAUUAUUUUAUUAUUUAUAUAGCGCCAUCAGAUUCAGAUUCCGUAGUGCUGUACAAUGGGUGGACUAACAGACAUGUAAUUGUAACCAGACAACUGGUUGUGAAAACCAAAUUGCAAACUGUAACUAGGCGGCAUUUAGCAACUCGUUAAGAUUUACCAAUCUAUAGAGUGCUGUAUUUUAGCAACUGAUUUGGACAAUCACAGAAAUGGGGCUUAGAAAGCAGCACUUUGGUUAAAAUGAAUUCAGGGACGUAUCAGACUGCGCAGAUUGCUAAAUGUCUUCGACCUUAUGACGGAGAGUGUUAAAUAAUAAUUUUCUGAUGUUACAGGUCGCCCCAAACUAUUUACUGAUGAUAUUUACCAAAGCAUGGAGAAAACGAAAAAAAAACAAACAAACAGAUUCAGCCAUCUUUAUGCUGAUUGAUUGACUGUUAACAUGAAAACAUCAGCUGUCAAAGAGCAGUCAAUCAGUAUCAAGCAUGCUGUUCAGGAAAACCCCCUGAUGAGGCCACAUAAAUGAUGCUACACUGGGAGGUUGUCAUGUGACUGCCUUAUCAUCCAGUAUACAGUAUGCACAGCAGGUCAUGAAACAAUUAACUAAGGGACCCGUCAUAAUUAUUGCCAUCAGUGUGCAUUAAGGUGUGGGUUAAAAAUAAUAAAUGGGAUAGCUCCAAGGAUUUUCACUCUCCAUAUGUCUCUGCUUCCUGUGCAGAAAGAGCCAGGGAAUUCCUAGUUUUAGAUCCAACCAUCCCACAUAUACUGAGCAGAGGGCUGCUGAAUCCCCCUGCCACUUAUAGUGCCCUAACCCUCUAACUCCUAUAGACUGUUCCAGGGGUACCCUAUCUUCAGUGUCAUUACUGAUGUGGUCUACUGUUAAUAGCAAUAACAAUGCCUCGUUAAUUAUCCUUGAAGUCAACGUGAAGCUGGCGCGAAGUAACGCUUAGUGUCGUUACUUCUUUGUAUUCACUUGCAUAAAGAAGAUUUUUUUUAAUUUAUUUUUUUAUUUGGAUACAUUCUUCUAUGGGUAGAUAAAAUUAUCAAAAUGGACUGCAAAUACUGUUUGUACAAAACAAUAAACAGUUAAAGCUCUGUACACAAACCUUUUCAGCUUUUAGGCUUCAGCGGUAUUUAAAAUUUUAUUAUCCACUAUCCACCUCUUUAUCUUUUUGCUGACAUGCUCAUGCAGCCCAGGCUCAUUUAAAAAACCGUAAGAGAAAAAAAAUGUUUUCCUAUUAUAAUAUAAAACAUUUUGACGCUCCAGUGAAAAAUAUAAGGUUAAUAUUAAUUGACCCCUUAAAUUAUUAUUGUUAUAAUAUUUUAGCAUCAGGUAAAAGUUGCGUAAAAAUUGCGUUUACAAGUGUCCAUAUCUAAUCAGCUACGCCGGCGUGGAAAACAUCAAUAUAGAAGCAUAAAUAUAGCGGCUCCCUAGAUGACAUUAGACUUGUGCACAGACGCUUUUUAACUGGUAUAAAACAAAUUGAUCCUAGGAUUUACCUGUGGAGCCUCGUCUUGAUUACAUGGUUUAUGGUAAGGUGGUGUAAGGUACUUUUUACUUUUUAAAAAUAUAAUCUUUCACGCAAGAGUACAAAACUCUCUUUGCAAUGAUUUGUCAGAGAUGUUGAUUUCUUGGUCAUGAGAGGUGGCUGAUGGGAAAUGGCAAGCUUUGAUAGGAGUAAACUGUUGAAAACUCUACAUUUUGUCAUCUUAUGCCAUACAUCUUCAUUUACAUAAGACAGGAUAUGUUAGUAGUCCUGAUAUUUCUUUGCUGUUAUUGGUAUAGUUCGUAGUGCUAGCUGGGAGGAAGGCCCACUAAUCCCUAACCCAGAUUUUCCCUAACUUGCUUUAGAUGUGGAUUGACGUCCUGAGUUUGAAAGUUACGUUUUUUUCCUAGCACUUCCUGUACUCACCUUGCUAUAUUGACACUUUAGUUUGCUAUAGUUACUGCACAUUUCUUGCAUCUGUUGUUCUCGUGUGUCAACACUGAGUAAAUAUUAUUACGUUGUGUUAUUGUACGACUAGAUCUACGCUUAAAGUCCAAAAACCUAAGUCACAUGACAUACCACAUUACCAAAACUGAGCUGUGACCUGAAUUAGUUUAGCAGUGCUCCCAAAAUAACUGCACUUGUUGAAGGAAUUCAUUAAUAUUAAUAAAUACAUCUCCAUUGCUUUAAAGAAUACCCCUGACACUAAAACCAAUUAAGUCAAUAAAGUGGUUAUGGUGUCCAAUGUCUCCCAGGUACCGUCUUACUUUACCAUUUUCGAAUGGUUUAACAUUGUAGCAGAUUCCCUCAGGAGCCAGUCCGACUUCCUCUCUCUGAGAGUGCUCAGCAAAUGUGGAAUCAUUUGUUCAAACAGCAGUGAUAGGCUAAGCGUGUCAGCUGACGGUUUCACUGGCCACCCGUAGCUUGUAAUGUUUCAGAAAACAUGUACAUUAACAUAAGUGUAAUAGGGAAGGCCAUAUGAUUUAGAAUCAUUUAUCCAUAAUUAGCUUUGCUAAGGGAUUGGGAUUGUCAGAUUAACAUUGAUUUCUUUAACAAUCUCAGUGUCAUUAAUCACUUGUGACAUUCUGUACCGGCCCAGUGUCUUUAGGGACUACAACUUACAGGGAUACAUUGAUUGAUAGUGUAGCGGCUGUACACCUCUUCAACUCUCGUUGUCCAAGUUUCGCCACUCAUCUUAGUUUUUUACCGUAUUCUGAAACUUUAUAAAAAUACAGAAUUAAAAAAACGAGGCCCAAAAUGCAAAUAUUUAUUUCUUUACCUAAAACCAAAUGAAUAAUUUUUACAUUCAACAGAUAAUAAUCUAUCUUAAAUGGACCCAAAGUGCAGGCAGGAUUUAAAAUGGAGAAAAGGGAUACAGGGUUCAGUACUAGGGUGCCCCUGGGCACAGCUGACACCCCCUUUGUAGAUACAUAUGCCCAGGGUACUUAUAAAAUGGAGUACACUGAAAAAUUGGGUCCAGCUCAGUCAGAUUACUAAGCACUUGCCUGAAGGCAAAGUCUCGGCGUGAUCAGGUGUGAUUUAAACAGCAGGGAUGUGCUGUAUGGAGUGUGUGUUAGUUACCAAACAUUGAAUAGUGGAGAAUUGACAAUGAAAUUGCUAAUUUUAUGCUGAAUUGGAGAAUUUUUUUCAGAUUUCUUUUUUUAUUAAGUUCUUUAUUAUUAUUAUUAUUAUUAUUAUGAUAUUUAUAUAGCGCCAUAUAAUUCCGCAGCGCUUUACAGUGGGUGGACGAACAGACAUGUAGUUGUAACCAGACAAGUUGGACACACAGGAACAGAGAGGUUGAGGGCCCUGCUCAAUGAGCUUACAUUCUAGAGGGAGUGGGGUAAAGUGACACAAAGGUAAGGAUAGUAUUAGAAUAAUGACAGUUGCAAGAGAGUAAUCAGUCGGGAGCUAUUAACAGUUUAAUUGAUACGCUGUUAUGAAGAAGUGGGUUUUUAAUAAUUUUUUUAAGUAGUGGAGACUGGGUGAGCAUCUAAUGGAGGAGGGAAGUGAGUUCCACAGGAACGGUGCAGCCCUCGAGAAGUCUUAAAGGUGAGCAUCAGAGGUGGGAGUAAGGGCAGAAGAUGGACGUAAGUCUUCAGCAGAUCGUAAGAGCCUAGACAGGACAUACUUGUUGAUAAGGGAGGAUAGAUAGGUGGGAGCAGCGUUGUGUAGCGAUUUGAAAGCAAGAACCAGAAUUUUAAAUUGAGCCCUAUAUCUUACGGGAAGCCAAUGUAGGGACUGACAGAAGGGUGAGGCGUGGGCGGUGCAGGCGGAAGAUAAGCCUCGCCAUUGCAUUCAUUAUGGACUGUAAUGGCACAAGUUGGAAGCACGUAAGACCACUGAAAAGCGGAUUACAGUAGUCAAGGCGAGAAAGGACAGUGAAAUGGACCAGCACCUUAGCCGCAUCUGGCGUUAAGUAGGGUCGUAUGCACACAAUGUUUUUGAGAUGGAAAUUACAGGAUUUGGCAAUAGACUGAGCAUGAGGUGUAAAAGAGAGGUCAGAGUCAAAAAGAGAACACCUAGGCAACGAGCCUGCGUGGUGGAGCUGAUGUUAGCAUCGUUGACUUGGAGGGAGACACAGGAGUAGCAACUCUUGAGGGAGGAAAGACCAGAAUUUCAAUUUGAUCAAGCUGAGUUUAAGGAAAUGGGCAGCCAUCCAGUUAGAAACAGCAGAGAGGCAGUCAGAGACACUAGUCAAGAGGGACGGGGAGAGAUCAGGAGAGGACAGAUAGAUUUGCGUGUCAUCUGCAUAAACAUGAUAUUGGAAGCCAAAGGAGCUAAUGAGUUUACCAAGGGAGGCAGUAUAGAUGGAGAACAUUAGGGGACCAAGGACUGAACCUUGGGAGGAGUUGGGGAGGAGAAGCAGAGCCAGAGAAAGAAACACUGAAAGAGCGCUGGGAGAGGUAGGAGGAGAACCAGGAGAGAGCAAUAUCUUGUAGUCCGAUAUUGCGGAGGAUGAGAAGAAGCUGUUGAUGAUCAACCAUGUCAAAAGCCGCAGAAAGGUCAAGGAGAAUUAGGAUAGAGUAGUGACCACGAGAUUUUGCAGCGAGUAGAUCAUUGGAUACUUUGGUCAGUGCCGUUUCCACAGACUGCUUAGUGCAGAAACCAGACUGAAGUGGGUCUAGCAGAGAGUUGGACUCGAGGAAGUCUGUCAAUCUUGCAUACACAACUCUUUGAAGGAUCUUGGAUGCAAAAGGCCAGUAUUAAAAGAAGCAUUAUGUAAUAACAUCAGAAUCAUAUUCUACACUGGCGUUUGAGCCCCCCAUUUUACAUGGUUUAUAGCAUGUUACAGAACAAAAAAACUGUCCCCAGUUUACCUUAACAUGUUAGCCAAGUUUACAUCAACAUUGUUGUGAGCUAAGCUGUAGAUAGAAGACAUCUCAUGAACUAACUAAAUAAUAUGGAACGUUUAACAUAAAAUCCCUCAUUAAAACAGAAUUGAUUUCAAUAGCAUAUUUUUUUUUAUUUUAGAAUCCCCCUGUCAACCUUGGUGUUUUAGUAAAUAAACCUUAUAAUUAAACAAAUGUCUAAAAUAAAUGAAAAUAAUUAGUUUAUUGAAAAUGUGGAUUAAACCGUUCUUUGCUCUUAAAACAUUUGAUGUGGGGGUUUAAACAGAACCAAGGCAGUGUGUUUGUGAGCCCAGGAAGGCAGAUUUGAUCUGAAAACGGUUUAAUUAUUAUUAUUAUUUUUUUAUCUCAAGGACUUUCAUUGCUAUUAAAUUUGUUACGGAUAUUUUAUAUGCCACAUUUUAUAUGGAAAAUAGCAUAUUUUAAUAAUAUGACAUAUUGAGGUAAUUAAACCAAUUAGCUAAUAAUAAAGAUUAAUUCGCUGUGGCAUGACUCAUCCAUCUUUUGUGAAUAAAGUCCAGCAUUGCCAAUUAAAUGUCUCCUUUCUCAUAAACUCUGACGUCAGAGUAACCAGGAAUAAGUAAUUGGCUUUAUGCGAAUACCGGAGCAAUCUCUCACUGCAUGGUUUAUCUGCAUUCUCUGCUGCAGGGUAGCUAUAGAGUAAAUAAGGGCUAUGCAAGCCAGUCAUUAUUUAGCGUUUCUCAAGCAACACACUUAGUCUCUUCUGUGACCACUGUAUAGCUCACAAAAUGUGUUUGUUGUGUAAUUACAGUCAAAAGGCUAUCGCUCCUUUAAUGUGAUAGCUUCAGUGGGUGAACAUGCGUGCGGAAAAGCUGUGAGUCAUCUAAUACUCCCUAGAUUUUUUUCAGAGAAAAGGCAGUGUUUACAUUGCUGCCUAGUAACACCUCUACUGGCAGUCACUCAGAUGGCCACUGGAGGUGCUUCCUAUCUCUGAGUGUAGCACCUUCGUUUGGCAUCUCCACGCUCUGCAUGGAGGUGUUCAACCUCCCGAUAGAAAUGCAUUGAUUCAAUGCAUCUCUAGAAUGAAAUGCUUUGUAAAAUCAAGUAAUAUUUACUGAUACUCAUAUUUUUUGCACAUGUGUUUUUUUUAAAGUUUUUAAGGAUGUAGAUACAUACGUAUUGGUCGAUUGGCUGUCUUCUUUACAUUUAUAAGUUUAAUGUAUUUUUAGCAUUUAGAGGUGUUGAUAAUUAUAUUGGACUGGUUAUCUAUCUAUCUAUCCAUCUGUCUGUCUGUCUCUAAAAUAGAUUUUAGUAAUAAAAUCAUCAUAAAAAUAAAUUAAUGAAGAGUGAACAGUAUGUUAGAAGAGUUUUAGAGGAAACUAGCAAAUUAUCAUUUUAAACCACUCAGGGUUUUUUACCACAGUGAGAAUUCAAAUUGAAUUCAAAGAGAAUUUCAAAUUUAUGGCGACAGUAGCCGAAUUGGCAGCAUAGCUUCACUUCGAAUUCUCACUUUUGUGAAUACCCCUCCUUGUUUUGUGUGGUAUUUCAUUAUAUCCUGAACUGAUAUUGCUUGUAUAACAUUGAUACUGUGUUCAUGAAACUUUGUAAGGUAAAACUACAUUUAAGAUAAGGUAAAAAUACACGUAGUCCUUUAGUGACAAAAAUACAAUGGCAAAUUUUUAAUUCACUCAGAUGGUUUACAAGAAAAAAAACUACUACAACAAGAGGACAUAGUCUUAAAUUAGAGGCAAAGGUUUAAAAAUAAUUUCAGAGAGUAUUAGUUUACUGAGAGGGUGGUGGAUGCAUGGAAUAGCCUUCCAGCUGAAGUGGUAGAAGUUAACACAGUAAAGGAGUUUAAGCAUGGGCGGGAUAGGCAUAAGGCUAUCCUAACUAUAAGAUAAGGCCAGGGACUAAUGAAAGUAUUUAGAAAAUUGGGCAGACUAGAUGGGCCGAAUGGUUCUUAUCUGCCUCACAUUCUAUGUUUCUAUAUCACCUGUGGUAAUCAGUUGUCAUUGCAUAUCUUCUAAAACAUUGCUAUGUGAUAGUCCUAGCAAUAUACCCUAAACAAUGGUAAAGAUGUUAAAGGAAUGUAGGGUCCUUUAUGAUAAUUGCAGGAAUACAGAUGUUUUUAGUAGUUAUUUGGAAAUUGAUGUUUGGGAGUCUCAAGAAUCUUUGCUGCAUUAAAAAAAAAAUGUGUCUCUUUUAAUCAUUGUAACAAUUAAUAUUUCCUAUAGAUUGGAUCACUUGAAAAUCACUUCUUAUUCAGACACAGAGAUCACCCGAGAAGAUCUCGAAGAAGUGCCCUGCGAAUCACGAAAAGACUCUUAGAUGAUGAGCGAGUAAGUGUAAUAUUUCACAAACACAAUAAUUGUACGGUGAUAGUGAUUCUCUAGACAUUUCUCCAAAUGUAUUAAAUGGCAGAAGAGGGACACUUUCAGUUUAGGUGAUGUGACGGGAGGGUUGUUAAACUGGGCUAUUCCAGGACAUUUUUUCUACUGUGCAAAUGUUGACAGUGUGCUUUUUGCAUGAUCUGUGGUGUUUGGUAUCAGCUGUUUUUUCCAUGAUGUGUAACAUGGAUUAAAGGUCUAACUGCAAAUUCUUUGGUUGACUUUUCAGAGGUUUGAGACCAAAAAUAUGACACGAGUUGCUCAGAAAAGGCUAUUUUGUCAGCAACAAAAAGGACGCAAAUUUUGAUCUCUGUUCUUUACUGUUUUUAUUCCAAAUGACCCACUAAGCUCAGACAGUGUGCCCAGUAAAUGUGGCAUUAGCCCAGUGUACCCAACAUGUUUCAAAAUGCAUAGAAAUGAGUUCUACCUUGCUGGGUGAUCCAUAAAGUCAUUGGGUAAAUACCUCCACAAAUUUGGUACAACUUUAUUGCAGAUUUUGCAUCAAGCACACAUAGCUUGACAGCAUAAACGCAAUAUGCAUAAAGUCCAUGCUAGACGUCAGACAUAAAAAAGCUAAUGCCGUGAUUUUUACAACAAAUUGGCUCCUUAUUUGUUUCAUAACCUACUGAGAGCUAUUUAUUUCACUGAUAAUGUCAUUUAGAAAAGGAAUGUUAUGUACAGCAUCUUAUUUCAAAGCACUUUUGUUAUCGUUUGAAAAAAUAUUACUGUGAAUUUUUACCACAUUAACAUUGGUAAAGAGUAGUAUUGGCAAAAAGUAACCAUCCUUGCUAUGUAGAGACAUUUGCGAUGCAUACGAACAUUCACUGUAUGCACAAAUUGUUCCAAGCACUAUAGUGACCUACAACCAUCUCACUAGCUGCUACUUUGAACAAACUCAAUGUUUGAUCCUGUGAUACCUGUUCGGCUUCAAGUUGUCAGUUUGAUUUUAGUUUUUACUUCAGCGUAGUCUUUUUGACUAUUUUGGGUCAGUUAGCUAUAACACUAACAAAUACUCUGCAGCCAUUUAAUUUCUGAGUUAGGUGCCCUCGAAGCACGGAGAGUCUAGCUGUAAGCUAGCUAAGACGAUCAGUGCACAGACAGGUGCCCUCGAAGCACGGAGUAUAGCUGUAAGCUAGCUAAGAUGAUCAGUGCAUGGACAGGUGCCCUCGAAGCAUGGAGAGUAUAGCUGUAAGCUAGCUAAGAUGAUCAGUGCAUGGACAGGAGCCCUUGAAGCACGGAGAGUAUAGCUGUAAGCUAGGUAAGAUGAUCAGGGCACGGACAGGUGCCUCGAAGCACGGAGGAUAUAGCUGUAAGCUAGCUAAGAUAAUCAGUGCACAGACAGGUGCCCUUAAAGCAUGGAUAGUAUAGCUGUAAGCUAGCUAAGAUGGUCAGUGCACGGACAGGUGCCCUUGAAGCAUGGAGAGUAUAGCUGUAAGCUAGCUAAGAUAAUCAGUGCACAGACAGGUGCCCUUAAAGCAUGGAUAGUAUAGCUGUAAGCUAGCUAAGAUGGUCAGUGCAUGGACAGGUGCCCUCGAAGCACGGAGAGUAUAGCUGUAAGCUAGCUAAGACGGUCAGUGCACAGACAGGUGCCCUCGAAGCACGGAGAGUAUAGCUGUAAGCUAGCUAAGAUGAUCAGGGCACGGACAGGUGCCUCGAAGCAUGGAGGAUAUAGCUGUAAGCUAGCUAAGACGAUCAGUGCAUGGACAGGUGCCCUCGAAGCACGGAGUAUAGCUGUAAGCUAGCUAAGAUGAUCAGUGCAUGGACAGGUGCCCUCGAAGCAUGGAGAGUAUAGCUGUAAGCUAGCUAAGAUAAUCAGUGCAUGGACAGGAGCCCUUGAAGCACGGAGAGUAUAGCUGUAAGCUAGGUAAGAUGAUCAGGGCACGGACAGGUGCCUCGAAGCACGGAGGAUAUAGCUGUAAGCUAGCUAAGACGAUCAGUGCACGGACAGGUGCCCUCGAAGCAUGGAGAGUAUAGCUGUAAGCUAGCUAAGAUGAUCAGUGCACGGACAGGUGCCCUCGAAGCAUGGAGAGUAUAGCUGUAAGCUAGCUAAGACGGUCAGUGCACGGACAGGUGCCCUUGAAGGCACAUUUAGGGAACUACAGUUGUUUCUUCCCUAUUAGUCUAUUAUCCUACCCUUUCUAUUGCUCUGUUAGUACAAGUGAGAUCCUUACACAUUACAUAUUUUUUUUAGCACUCCUGGCCCCAUUUACUCUAUUUGAUUGGUCUAUUCCUUUUGGAGUUACCCCCAUUUCCCCUAUGUUUUUCCCAGCACAUGUACAAUAAGCUAAUUUUCUUCUUUGAUUAACUUAAAAAUGAAAACCUGCCACAUUCCUAGGGUUUGUAAAUACCACAUUCAGAGCUCAAUGGCGAUAUCCAUUGUCCCAUGUGAAAACACCUGUAUGAUUGGCUUGGAUCAAAAAUAAAUCCUUUAUGUUGGUGAUGGCUAUACAUGUGCAAUUCGUUUCGGUCCGAAUUUAAAAUCAGAUGAAUUUCGGCAAUUUGGACAUUCAGAUGCUUCAGAUGCUGAAGUCACAAAUUUUGGAUUGCCAAACUGAACCUAACCGAAGUGCCGAAUUGCCGAAGUCAUGAAUUUCAAUAGUACCGAACCGAACCAAAUUGUUUGCCAAUGCACAUCCCUAGUGAUGGCUAUACAUAGCACGCUUGAUGUUUGUGAACUUUUAUUUGGCAAGGCAUCAUGGGAAAUAUAGUUUCUAAACAUUUGGAAUGCUAAGGUUUGAGAGCACUGCUUCAUGCAGUGUGAUCCAUGCUGGUUCCCAGCCAUUGCUUGGUAAAACAUAGGUACGGUAUGACCUCUGGGCAGAAGAAAUAGUGUUUGAUGUAAUAUAACAUAUCACACAAUAUAGAAAUAUAUGACUCUUGCUCAUUAUGUCCCAAAUCUAAUGUUUGAAUCUUCACCAGAAAUUAUUCCAAUCUGUUAGGAAAAAAACUUUUCAAAUGAUUUAUCUACAAAAAAUUUGCCAGACUUUAAUGGUGACUUCUGUAGAUAAAUCAUUUAAAAAGUUUUUUUUCUCACAGUUUGGAGUAAUUUCUGAUGCUGAUUAAAAUGAUUUAAAUCGAGGCCAUAACGAGAUAAUUAAAGUGUAGACAUUCCAUCCAGGGUUCACUGCAGGUCAUACACUUAUUUGAGGUCGAUAGUAGACCUGCAUCCACCUUCAAUAUAAUGCCUAACGAGAACAGUGGCUUUGGAAUACGGGUUAGUUACUCAAUGUUUCCACAAUAUUCUAUUCCCUCUGUGUGGGUAUGGGGAGCCAUGGUUGUAAGUAUUAUCAGAUGGCAGUUCAGGAACAUCUUGUCUGUCAAGUAUUGUCAUCAUGGACCUGAAAUGUCUCCACCGUGUGUGACAUAUUAAGAAUUCAUGAUUAUUUCCAUAAUUCCAGCAGAUUUAAAAUUCAUGUCACUCUGAGCAAUAAUUGCUCAAAGUUAUAAAAAUUUUAACUAAUGUUCCUAGGGUAAAUGUAUUAAGGCAUUUAACCAUAUUUAAGUCUUUGGCUGGUGCCACUUGAGCAGGUAUUCACUGGUUUCCUCCUUCUACUGUCAAGAAGAAGAUGAAAACAAUUGAAUAUUCCAAUGGAGUCCCUUCGUUUCUAUGGUAAUUGUUCCACUUCUAGAACGUUGUCAGAUAUUUUCUUUUAGUGAAUAUUUUAUAAAUCUCUCCGUAAUAUGUCACCGGUUCCUAUCCUGGGAAUCCAACAUUAGACCUUCAUAGAGCCUGUAGAUGUUUUCCAUACCUUGGUUUGCCCUCAAUGAUGCGAUUUUUGGUGUUUUUGGUGUUUUUAUCGUUUUCCUAUGAUUCAUAGUCAGUCUGAAACUAAAUCUAAAAUAUAAUCUGUUGCAAUAAUUAGGUAAUAUUAGGUAAUGUUAUUUUAUAUUUUCUAAUUUGCCGCUUUAUCUUAAAAUAGCUUUUUUCAUUGUAUGAAUUAAUUUUUUUUUUAUACAUUUAUUUAUUUGCUGAAGAUUGGUCAUAGAUAGUCACAAAAACAAAAUGUUUGCGUACAUUUAACAAGCAAAGAGUCAAUCUCCCAAGCCGCUGCACUUUGUAUAGAUCUCUGUUUGUAAUUGCAGGUGUCGUGGGCAGAACAGCAGUAUAUCAAACAUCGAAAUAAACGUUCAAUCUUCAGGGAAGACACAGAAAAGCUUUUUAAUGAUCCCAUGUGGAGUCGGCAAUGGUAUUUGGUGAGUGUUAUUUUUCUCCCUGGUUUCAUAAUUACUUUUAAUAAAAUUAUGUUACAGAUUGUGAUAAAGAGAAUGCUGACUCUGCACUUGCGUUCCUUAGCUGAGUUACUAUACACACACACAGUCAGGGAGAUCUUUCAAACUAGCCUUUAAAUUGACCAUUUCCCCUUUGGGUUGCGGUGGUUCACAGUGUUAGAACCACUGAUCUAGAACUCAUUUAAAGAUCACUAAAGACACCCAGACCUCUUCAUCUCAAUGGCCCUGUGCUCCAGUCCUUUUAACGCUUCCAUGUAAAACAUUGUUUGUAGAAUCUGCUCAUAGCAGCAUUUGAUUGGAGGAGUGCGUCAUUUGGACACGCAUACGCUUUUCAAUCCAAUGCGUCUCUAUGAGUUGCAUUGGAUUGGUUGAGGUUGGAGAAGGCUUGAUGACGUCUUUGAAGGCGGAGCAGGAGGCUGCUGCAGACGAGUCUUGGCACUGGCAACGAGGUAAGUAAUCAUUCUUGACCUUAAUUGUAUUUAAUAGAUAAGGGGAGGUGGACAAAGAGGAGUGUCUAUUGUGAUUUUCUUGACUAUAGGGUCACUUUAAUAUCUGAGUCACAAUCUGGAUCACAGCUGCAUAUUACCUUUAAGAAAUGAUAUUAUAUAGACGAGAUGAGAGGGGAAAAGAGAAGAGACCUUACGUACUAUUAGUAUAGAACUGUAUAUAAUAUAUUGUAGGUAUAUAAUUGUAUAGAAUAUAUUUUUUCUAAACUACCCAACAUCUGUCAUAAUUAUACUUGAUUUAAUAAUUUAACAUUUAAUAACGCAGUGUAUCAAUCACUUUCCUCGGGAGUUAAAAAUGAAUAUAAUGCACAUUAAUGCGUAUUACAGCAUUAUUAAAUCCAGAUUUUUUUUUUUUAUUAAUCAAAAGGUGAUAUGUUUUUCCAUAAAUUUGCAAAUUCACUAUUAAACCAUGCUAAAUUCCUGAUUGUCCAGUAUUGUACUUUCAGUUUAUUUGUGAUUUCUUAAUAGGAUCCUGGAGAAGGGGAUGGGGAGGUAGGAGCUAUUACUCUCUACCUGGUAUUAUUUACCCUCCUCACCACCAAUACACAGACACCCCUACCCUUAUUAAUAGGUAUCUGCCUGAAGAAUGAGUUUAAGCAAUUCUAACAUUUCAAAAUUCCUCUGUGUGCGAAUAUCAUGCAUUGCUUUCCAUCAUACAGCAUCAUGUCCAUUUUACAGGGACAUCUGGUGUUCCUGCUUUGUUGACUGUUCCCAGAGAGAAUCUAGGGUGAAGGUAGUUCCCAGUGAUUGAUUAGUAGGGAUUAAAACAGGUUGCUAAGUAGAAAGAGAGUAAAAAAAGUCAGAGCGAGGUAGUACAGAUUAUAUCUGAAUAUUUAUAUAUACUUUCAAGAAAGCACAAAAUCAAUCUAUUGUUUAGCUGCAGUAGAAAAAGUUAUAUCCGGCUUGUUAGUGUGCUCUAAGUCAAACAGAUUCUUCUCUUUGCAAACAAUCUCAGAGUAACACAGUUUAUUUGCGUUUUGCUUUCAGUUGAAUAUUAGAAUGUACAAUGAUUUAUGUUCUUGAUUGCCAGAAGGGGCUGGGAUGCAAUGUAAGGUAACGCAAACACCAGACAACUCAGCUCUGACACAAAGUAUCCAUAUACUGUUAUAUAUAAUAUAAAACCAUUAAAACAAUAAAAAAUAAGGUAGAUUAAGCUGGAAUUAAGGAAAAAACAAAAUAACUAAAUAAUAAGCAUAGUAGGACAAAUUAUACAAAAUGUCAAAAUAGAUUAAAAGAAAACAAAAAAAAGAACGAAUAUAAUCUUUUUAUUGGACGAGUAAAAUUAAAAUGCAGUCAUACUACAUGAUCUUCAGCAAACGUAUUGCAACAUCCUAAACAAUUGCACUGCAUAAUUGUAAAUGUCAACGAGAGCCACUCUAAUUUAAAGAAUGACUCAACAAUGUGCAACAUUUUAUCUGAAUGUAUAGUUGGUCAAUUAUCAAAAUUUAUGAGAAAGUUUAAGACGUUUGUUUCCUCACUUAUAUAUUAGCCAAAGUGCGUUUUUGAGGCGUUGUGUCAUUCACCUUAACAAUAGUACAGUUUCCAAAAAAGUAGUGGGGGAGACCCCUCUAUACUACUACUUCUGUGACACAAUGCUUCAGUGUAUGUUCAACAUGAGCUCUCACUUACGCAGCUUCAUGUCUAUGAGUGAGAGCGUUCAUUUUUAUUAAAGUUUUUUAUUUUUGUGUGUUUAUUUUAGCAAGAUACAAGAGUUAACCCAUCUUUACCUAAAUUGGACCUCCAUGUGAUUCCUGUGUGGAGAAAAGGAAUAACUGGUAAAGGCGUUGUUGUAACUGUACUGGACGACGGGCUGGAAUGGAACCACACAGAUAUCUACACUAAUUACGUAAGUUUUACAUUGUUUAACAUUGUGUGUAUACCUUUAACUAACACAAUUAGCCAACUGUGUGUACAAAGAAGAGUACAUAUAUAGCAUUAUGAAAUGAGCUAGGCAUGGUUUACAGCUCUUUCUAUCUUCGGAAACAUUAAAUUUUCCAUUAAAUAAACUACUUACUUAUUCUAAAAAAAAAAAAAAAUGAAAAAAUGGGCAUUGCUUUCUCAAUUCUUUUUCAAAGCUUCACACAUGAAAUUAUAUAAUUAAAUAGGAAUGUGAAGUCUGAGUGAUGAUUUGAAGUGACAUAAGUCUGAAUAAGCAAAAUACGGAAAAACUGUAGGGAGGUAUGGGAAAAAAGUGAGAAAAAAUUAGAAUUCGGGACUAGAGAGAAGUAAGAUUAUUGAAGGACAGUCAAGUUGUGUAAGGGAGAAAAUAGGACCGGAGAAAAAGAAAGGAGAUACUGGUCAGGUGAAGGUAUAUGGAAAUCAUUGAAAAUGUAGGUGCAUGGAAUUAUAUUUUUCUCUAGCCCAUUAAUCCCUAUUAUUAAGAAUGUAAAGGGGUGGUGUCAUGGAGGAUUACGCAAAUGUUUUCCACUGAAGCUAUGAACCAGAUUUGUUAUUCUGUUAUACAGUUAGAGAGUUAAUGGGCACAAUUAAUUUCUAUAAUUUGGGUAUCAUUUUGCAAUAUAUAGCCUGGGUGCUUUACAUAUAUCACAGACUAAUUAAUUGAUAGAUCUACUAAGAAUUGGUUCCCCCGGGCUCAGGAAUACAGUCCAGAGAGUUGGGCAGAUUGUUCCCUCAAGGAUGUCCCUUGUCGUUAGGAAUAAUACCUUUCAUAGCGGUUGAACAAACAUUCACAUACACUACAUAAAAAUGAAUAUGUCUCUUUCACCACAACCUCUAGUACUCUGUCAGGGGUUAGAUAGCAACAUGAUAAUAUGUUGGCAGAAUUAAACACAAUUCAAAAGCCGGAUUGGCCAGAUUGUAUGGAGGAAAAAAAAGUUUGGAAAACUAGAUUUUGGUCUAGAGUUGUAAACCUGUAGAAUAGUUAAUAUUACAUUAAUUUCAUCAUUACCUCAUCAUAGUAGCUAAUUAUUAUUUAACAUUAUGAUAAUGUGUUGGCGGUGUAUCAAGUUGUUCCUAUUUUGUUUGUAAUAAAUUAUUUUUAUAAAACUGCUAUAUCAAAUAAUAUAUAGAAUAAAUUAAAUAUUUUAUAUUACAUUAACUUCAAAUUGUUGCUUUAUAAACCUCUGUCAUCACUAACAGACAUUACAGUAUGUACGAAUACAGUAUACAGAAUAUACAGUGACACCAUGUAUCCUUUGUAUUUUAGGAUCCAGAAGCCAGCUAUGAUUUUAACGAUAAUGACAAUGAUCCCUUCCCUAGAUAUGACAUUACAAAUGAGAACAAGUAGGUAUACUGUCUUGGUUUAACCCCUUAAGGACCAAACAUGUCAUGUGUCCUUAAGGGGUUAAUGUCUAUCUAUGUGUAUAUGGAUUUAUAUAAGGCACACACAGGGUAUAUUCACAGCUGUGUCAUUUUCACAUGCUAUUAACAGCAACUGCUCAAACAUUGAGGUUUAGUCAUGAACCCAGUGAUUGUACAGAAGAACUGAUUUAGAAUUGUUUUCACUUCGGGCAUUUGAGCCUAAAAUGUUUACUUCCAUGUCAGGUCAUAGGAAUCUCUGGUUUAGUAAAUAAAUUGUAUUUUAUUUGACACAAACACCAAGGGCUAUUAUGCAAAAUUAAUGGAUAAGAUUGUAAUUUAAUACAUAUUUAAGUACCAAACACAAGCGAGCAGAAAUAUAUGAAUAUUCACUAAGGCAGGAAUUUUGUCAUAAUCAUCAAAAUUUGGGGGAAAAAACACCAAACUGCAACAUAAUUUGCAAUAAUUAUAUUUACUGAAGGCAAAUUAAGUUGAAAUGUAGCUACUUCAAAUGACUAAUCAAAUCUCACUCAAUGCAAUCCGGUGUCUGCUUUAAAAUCAGGAAUAAUCACAUGCGACUCGAACAUAAAAUAUAAGAUACCCCUAUUUUUUUAAACAACAAAUUGGGUAAAAGCAAAGUCACAGACGAACAAGCAGCCAUUGGACAAAGAGUUCAAAUAUAAUGAAAUAAUAUUGAUUUAAUACAUCAUAUUUAUAGAAUAAUCAAGUAAUAUGCAUUUUAUAACCCAAAGUGUUAUGCUAUUAUUGUGGCAUAAUAUACCCCUCUAUGGAGUUAACCAUUGCUCCCUUGGAGUUAGUUAUCUGACUGCUCUCAGCUGUCGGUGCCCAUUCUGGAUGAAUGCUUGUGAGUGGGAGUGUGAGUGUGAUUGAACUAUACUGAUCCUGCAAGCAUGCCUAGGAGUUCCAGAAUGUACAGGAUGAAAAAAUAUUUCAUACAAGGAAAAAUACCAGGGCAGAAGUCUAAAUGAAUAUAGUUACAAAUUCGUAUGUAAUAAGGUAUUACUCUUCUGAAAGGAUGUAAAUAUUUUUAACACCCAUUUUUAACAUCAGAGGAAUAAAUAAUAAAUAAAUCUUUAUAUAAAGCAUAUUUCCUUUUAUAUACAAGAUUUUGCUUAGCACAACGUUUGGUUGCCAUAUUUCGUGUGAUAUCCAGCUGGGAUACCAGGUCGACCCAGUCUAGGCUGUGAAAGUAUGUCAUACUGUUAAUGAUGUACUUUACAAAGCGAACCGUGUCAUCAACAUUGCACAUCCAUAAUCUCCCCGUCAAUUAGCCAGCCAGACUGGCUCAUAUUGGUUAGUUAUUUGUAGAACAAUAAGUACCAUAAUGCUUUGCCAUUUUUAAAGGGGCCCUCCAGACACUCAUACAAGUUGGAAAUAAUGUGUAGAUUUGAUCGGUGGUUCACAACUUAUUCCUCAGACACACCAAUGGCUGCGGUUUGACAGUAUCGCACUUGGAAUAAUACUGGAAAAUUCCCAAAUCUACUUAACAUUAUUUGAUUUAUUGCUGUAUAAAUUCCUUUUUUUCUCGUAAUUAUUUUAUUGUAUUAGAGCAAUGAGUUUUCUUCCUUUGUACUAUCCUGCUCAUAUUUCCCUGUCUUUUAACAUUUACAGACACGGUACUAGAUGUGCAGGAGAAGUUGCGAUGAUUGCGAAUAACAACAAAUGUGGAGUUGGAGUUGCAUACAAUGCAAAAGUUGGAGGUAAUUCAAUAAAUAAAGGAUCAUUUCGACAUCUUACUUUCUCAUCGUAUGAAGAAACAGGAGAAAACACCUGCUACACAGUAAUCAGCAGAAUGUUGGCACUGGUGGCAAGGCUUGGAGAGAAGGUGGGGAGAAUGGGUUGGCAUAAAGAAUGAGAGUAGGCAUGAAGCGAGUAGAAUUGAGGAGUCAACGAAAGACACGUAGAAACAGGGCUGAGAUGGAAAAUAUGGCUUAUAUAGUGGAGACAAAAUAACCUGACGUGGAAUAGGACCUCACAUAAUGGGUGGAGGACAGCAUAUGGUGAUGGUACGUAUUUACGUCAUAUGGAGAUUAUAUGAAGAGGAACGGGAAAGAUGGUAGACGGUAGAAGCUUGAGUGACAGAAAUAUGACAUUAGAUGGCAUAAAGUGGUAGGUCAAGAGAGAGGCAGCUGAUAUGAAGGCAGUGGUGGAGGCUGACUUGGCAUAUUAUAGACAGCUGACAUAAAAGCAUAAUUUUGUGCAUUAUAUUUGGAGAUUCCAAGAACUGCCAGCAAAAUGUGAAAAUUGUGUUUGCAUGUGGAUAUAAUACCUCAUUAUGGAAAGGUUUAAGGCUAUUUUUGAAAUGACAGCACAUACUAAGCAUUCUAUGUUAUUGUUUUGUCGAUCACAUCUUCCUAUAUGCUUUUUGUUAAAGGUAUUCGAAUGCUAGACGGUGUUGUAACAGAUGCUAUAGAAGCAAGUUCGAUUGGAUUCAAUCCACAACAUGUGCACAUUUAUAGCGCUAGCUGGGGGCCCAACGAUGAUGGGAAAACUGUGGAGGGUCCUGGGAGAUUGGCACAGAAGGCUUUUGAAUAUGGAAUUAAACAGGUGAGUUGAAAUGGUACCCAUGAAAAAAAUAUAUAUCUUGGAACGUGACAAUGUAUAUUGAAAAAAACAAAAAACAUUCAACCUGGGUUGGGCAAACAGCAGUCUCCGUUAAGCUUUAAGAUUACCAUUUUAUCCCUUGAGAUAGCUUCAUCUCAAAACAAAACCCUAAACGUAUUGUACUUAUUAUCUGUACAUCACAUUCUAAAUGAGACCAGUCAUCAGGGACUGUUCAGUAUAGUCAGACAGACAUAUUAUAGUGCUACACAUAUUUCAAACAUUUUAAUAUCAUACAAUAUGACAAUGCCACAUCGACGUACGCUACAUCACCAGAAAACAUAUUUCAGAAUAUAACCAGGGCAAUAAAAUAUCGAAGUAUUCACUAUGGAAAUAAGUUUAGCCUAUAAAGUGACACUCCAGCUUUAAAAAAUAUAUAUUUAUUUUGAAUUAAUUUAAAGCCGUAGCGUUAAAUAUAGCAUCCUUUUAACCACUUAAGGACACAUGACGUGUGACAUGUCAUGAUUCCCCUUUAUUCCAGAAGUUUGGUCCUUAAGGGGUUAAACUCCUUAAUUGUGAAUGUCAUUCUCACUUUUCUCCAUGUUCAGAUCCAACCUCAUGGCAAAAUCUUCUUCUUUUUUAGAGCCACUCCAGUUACUCCACUUGGGAGGAAUUGGACAGCACAAUGGGCAAUGUGUGUGGCUUCAUGUAUCAUCUCAGUGGGAGACAGAUGAGGGUUCCUAAGUCCUAGCAUGUGUGUUGAGCAUGACAUUCACACUACAGCUGUAUGGUUCUUGCAUACUCACUUAGCAUGUAUGAUGACUAUGCAUACUCCACGUCUCAUGACUUUAUACAUCCAAUUAUUGCUCCAAUGGGAACCCCUGAGAUAGCUUAAAUGAUGCUCUGAUAUUAACUUACAGCUCUUCACUCUCUAUAAGUUACAAGAAGUCAAGGGAGGAGACCAGAGUGUAACAGUAUUUGCGUCCACUUUAUCAGAUAUAUUAAUUCCAAGGUUCUUCAUAUCUUCUAAUAAUUAAAAAUCUGUAAAUCUUUACAUUUUCAUUGAGUAGAUCCAUAUAACGUAUUCUUUUUGUUUUCAAAAGGGUCGCAAUGGAAAAGGUUCCAUCUAUGUCUGGGCUUCUGGAAACGGUGGUCGCCAAGGAGAUAACUGUGACUGCGAUGGAUACACCGACAGUAUUUACACUAUUUCUAUAAGCAGUGCCUCUCAACAAGGACUGUCUCCUUGGUAUGCCGAGAAAUGCUCUUCUACUUUGGCUACGGCAUACAGUAGUGGCGAUUACACUGAUCAGAGAAUUGUAAGUCGACUGUGAAUGUGACAUUUACAUUACAUUUUAUAAUAAUUAUUAUUAUUGUUAUAGAUUUUUCUGGCAUUUGUACUCCCAAAAUUUCACUUUUUGCUUCUAGUGAAUACUUUGGGGUUUAUUUCCUAAAUUGGGAAUGAUGAAGAAAUGUGAAGGACAUUGCCCAUUUUAGCUAAAAUACCAUAAUUUUAAAAAUUUUACUUAGCUAUUUUUAAAACUUGGUUAAUUUUUCAGAACAUUUGUAAUUUCAGCACAAACCCAAGAUUCAUUCUGCUCCAAAGUUAGCAUUAAAAGUUAGCAAGACUGCACUUCUGCUGGACUUAUCUUCACUCACCAUGGAUUUCCGGUUCUCUGUAACCAGCGAUCUAGACCAAAGCAACAGUAUCAUGGACUAUUUGAAGGACCAAAGUAAUCUUGUAAAACAGAUGAACUCAAUAAAAAUAAACUAUAUCAAUAGUAUGACUAUAUAAAAUACUAAGAUCUAAUAAGAAGGAAGGAGCAAAGACAAGUUGCCAAGUUCAAAAAAGAAACAAACAAAAAAACUACACCAUUUAAAUAAUCAAACAAACAUUUAAUUCAACAUAAUAGAUUCCACAGGAAAGAUUACCCCAAUUCCAGAAAUAAAAAUAAAUCAGCUGCCAAAUCAAGUUAAUAACAGGUUUACCCCAUCACAAUCCCAUCUCAAAUUUACCCCCUGUCCAUUAUCCACGUUCUCACAUGGAGUAGUCAUAAAGAAUACCAAUUGGUAAGUUAAAAUGGUAUGGUGAACAAGGGUUCUAUUUUGGGUAUGUAAAAAUUGUAUGUAAGGCUCCCAAUACAAAAAAAAAAUUGGGGCUGAAAUUCUACCCAGUCAAAUUUGAACACAAAUUCUAAUUUAGUUCUGCAUGGUCUUAACGCUGGCUUGUCAGGUAAAAUCCGAGUAUGAAGGUGCUAAUACCAUUUUAUUGAAUUUAGAGUGUCUCGGGGCAAUGCCAAGGAAAAUACCAAAGAUUAACCAAUGUGGGGACAGUGGCACCGGGAAUUGUAAGGUAGUCUCCUGGUAUGUUCGUACUUCCAGGAUUUGUCUAAUACAAUUCUAAAGUAAUCGAAUAGAGUAGUUGGCUUGGUAGGGUUUCCAAAUAAUAAUUUAAUGUAUUUUUUCUCCCUGUUAUAUUAUCUUUGGAUUUUAUAUAUUUUCACUAAAAAUAGAUGCAUUUUCUACUCUUUAAGAAAAAUAAUGUCGUCCUUUUGAGAGCUAUAUUACUUAUAUUAUUGUUUCUUUGUAAAAUGGGCAAUUUCCUCCUCAAUUCGCCGUAAUUCCCACUUUGGACAAUGGGAGGCAGUUACUAACCAUUUACUAACCAACUCCAAUACAAAAUUCCUAACCUUGUACUAUGUAUAAAAAAAUCUCCCACUACGAUUCUUCCAUCUUAUUUCUCCUUUGGAAAUCACUAUAAUAAAUUUAAGAGCUCUGUCAUUAAGAAUGGAUGUCUAUCAUUUGAUUAGCCUGCCUGGUAAAACAGUGCUAUUUUGUAAAUAUAUUUCUACACAGUGAAAUGUGCUAACUACUUGCAAUUUGAUUAAUACAUUCCUAACAGGAAAAAAUGCAAAAAAAUUAUUUAUUGGUCAAUGUCUUUUUUUGUAAAAAAAUUUUUUUAAAAUAUUUCCAUUAUGGGAUGAAAACCUGCCGAUCCUGUAACAGAAAUAUAAACUAUCCCCUUGACCUCUGUUAUGAUUAUAGAGUUACCCCAAUUUAUUUAUCUGUUCAUUAGACCGUGGUUUGCUUCGCUGUGCACUCCAACAAAGCGUGUUAUCUAAAAACCCAUCACACACAUUUUUGCUUGUUCCCUAAUCUCUCUAUUUGCUCUUUUCUGAGAGACAAUAAUAUUAAAGAUCAAAUGAAAUGUAUAUGUAUAUGUAUAUGUUUUGCCAGGAAGGAUAUGUUGAGAUUUCUCCCACUUUAUAGGAUGUCAUUGAGGGCACAUGCUAUAUAUAGUUACUGUUAAAGGUAAUUUUAUUCACAAUAUAUAAUAUGAAUGUUUGACUAACUGGACAGUAGGUGGUGCUAUGACAAUAUGUAUAGUUAUAGCAUGAAGUACAGUUUUCCAAGGACUCUCUUAUUAUAACUUUGAUAGUUAAAUAUACUUUUUGAAUUAUUGCCUGUUUUUACUAGUUAUAUUUACAGCAUUAUUUAAUAAAGUGAGAGUCUAAGGUGAAUUCAAAGUAAUUUUCAAAUUUAGGGCCAGAUUAGCCGAACUGAAAGUACAGAUGAUUUAGAGACGUUUGGGCUGUUUUGACCUUGAAAUUAACUUUGAAUUCACCUUGAAUCCUCACUUUAGUGAUUCACUCAGUUAAUCUCAUUGUGUUGCUUUAAAUCCAGCUAAUCCCGCUAAUAUUACUAUUUCAGUAAGCAUAAUUUACAUACCUGUUACAUGUUUACCAUGGACCAUAAACAAUACAAUUAGGCAUUAACUGUGAUUCAACUGAUUUUUAUUAUAAUACCCACCAUGUACCAUUUCAGAUAAGUGCCGACCUACAUAAUGAUUGCACAGAAACACAUACGGGGACGUCAGCCUCAGCUCCGCUGGCUGCUGGGAUCUUUGCUCUUGCACUUGAAUAUAAGUAAGGAUUUUUUGUGAACGAUAUUUUUGUACAAUAAUUAAUGUAACCCAACACCAUAUUAUAAGCAUUCUUUAAGUUUCUUAUGAAAAUACAAUAUUCCUUACAAUAACUAUUCAUCCCUUGUCCAUAUAUCUCAUUAUCUAUUAUCGAAGAGAUCUGUUGUCAAAACGUUGAGUUCCAUGUUGGGUGAAGUACACAACCUGCGGAGAAAGUUGGCUAUUUACUCAAAACAUUUAAAGACACUUAUAGCAGCCAACGUCUGUUACAAAGCAGUUAUGAUCACUUUGGCCUUCCAACAUGUAACUAAUUCAUAAAUCUGAGUAAAUUGUUGUUCAAAUCUGGAAUUUCUAUUUGGUUUGGUAUAAUAUUUCAACUUAAACAGUUACGCUGUGAAAAGGUGCCUGGCCACAUUGAUCUACUAUCAGGGAAUUCAUCAAAACAUCUUAAUAUAUUAUUAUUAUUAUUAUUAUUUUUAAAAUACCCAUUCCAAAGAUGCAUGGGGUAUUUAGAAGUAGGAAGGGACCUAAAAGGUUAUUCACUGAAGUGAGAAUUCUAAGUGAAUUUAAAGUCAAUUUCAAAUUUAAGGCCAGAGAAGUGGAAAUGGGAGCAUAGCUGAGAACAUUUCUAUUUUGGAAUUACUUUGACCUUAAAUAUAAAAUUCACUUUGGAUCCACUUAGAAUUCUCACUUUAGAGAAUAACCCUGAUUAUGCAUUCACAGCUACGGUUUAAGGCAGGGUUCUCAGAGUGCUGUUCCUCCAGAUGUUGCUGAACUACGGCUCCCAUGAUUCUUUGAAUGAAAUAGAGAACCAGAGAAUCAUGGGAGUUGUAGUUUAGCAUCAUCUGUAGGGUCAGAGUUUGGAGAACCCUGGUUUAGAGAAUAAAAUAAAGAAACAAGUUUUUAACUCAGAAAUAAGGCAAUUCAUUUUGCUGAUAUUUUUGCUCAUGUGCAGAAAUUAAAGGGAACCUAUAGUCCCAGGAAAACACAGUUGUUUUUUCUGGACUAUAGGUUCCUUCUAAUGAUCCCCCAUUAGUCCACCUCCAUUUUGCUGGUAAAAAAUGCAAGUUUAAUACUUACACAGUAAAAACGGCAAUGUUUUACAUGGAAGGGUUACAAUGACCACUGCUCACAGAUCACUACAUUGAGAUUAAGUGGUCUAGGUGAGAUUAGUGGUCCUUUAAAUUUUCUCCCCAUCCUUUAGAUUUGUGUGUGUGUGUGUUAGAAUAACACAUGUUGCAAUAAUUUAAUUAUCAGGAAUGUUUUUGAGGCAGUGAAUCUGGUCACUAAACAGUGGGGGAGAUUUAUCAAAGUGUCAAUGACACAUUUUCAUACAAUGUUCAGCACGUUUUUAUUGCAAUUUAAUGAGCCUGUCAGAUUUUUUAAAAUCUGUUACUGAUUUUGCGUCCUGUUAUUUUUCCAUAUACGGUGACGUAGUGGAUUUUUUAAAAAGUAAGGGAUUUCUUAAAGAUUAGGGAACAGUGCACAGACAAAAAAAAAAUACAGUUUUAAAUUUUAUAAGGUUACUUAAUAUCACCCAUCUCAGAUAACAAAUAUGGGGAUUCAGUUCCACCAUAUGGCAAUAUGGCAUUAAACCCACAACUACUUCACAGUACCCCAAAAUCUGUGGGUCCUACACUAAUUUUAACAUGGAUUUAUUAUCCUUUCGACCACAUUUUCAGAAACAAAAGUGUUCUGCAUAACUUCUCUUUUAUUUAGCCGCUCUUAAUCUGGUGGUCUAUUGAAAAGAAAACUGUCGGAAUUUACCAUACAGAAAACUCGCUUUAAUAACAUGUUUAUAAACACAAUUAGAAUAAUGACAGAAUUGAAUUGGUUUGGUUUAAUACAACUUAAACCAUAAGUCUGUCCUAACUUGCAAUUGUAUGGCUUUUAGUUGUCUUUUUUAUCUCAAACGAUCAAUUCUGUUUAUUUUUACAUUGUGAGACACAAUGGGAUUUGUUUCUUAUCUGACCCUUAAAGGGACAUUAUAGUCACCUGAACAACUUUAGCUUAAUGAAGCAGUUUUGGUGUAUAGAACAUGCCCCUGCAGCCUCACUGCCCAAUCCUCUGCCAUUUAGGAGUUAAAUCCCUUUGUUUAUGAACCCUAGUCACACCUCCCUGCAUGUGACUUGCACAGCCUUCCAUAAACACUUCCUUUAAAGAGAGCCCUAUUUAGGCUUUCUUUAUUGCAAGUUCUGUUUAAUUAAGAUUUUCUUAUCCCCUGCUAUGUUAAUGGCUUGCUAGACCCUGCAAGAGCCUCCUGUAUGUGAUUAAAGUUCAAUUUAGAGAUUGAGAUACAAUUAUUUAAGGUAAAUUACAUCUGUUUGAAAGUGAAACCAGUUUUUUUUUUCAUGCAGGCUCUGUCAAUCAUAGCCAGGGGAGGUGUGGCUAGGGCUGCAUAAACAGAAACAAAAUGACAGUGAAUUGAGCAGUGAAAUUGCAGGGGAAUGAUCUAUACACUAAAACUGCUUUAUUUAGCCAAAGUAAUUUAGGUGACUAUACUGUUCCUUUAAUAAAAAAAAAAAAAUAGAAGAAAAAAAAAGACGGAAUCUAGCCGUCACUUUCCAGAACACUUUGAAUAUCCCCGGUGGUAUCUGUAGCUUGAAAAUCAACUUUACCGAUUCACUAAUUAGUAAAUUAAAUCCUGUUAUGUAAAUAUAAAUUAUUGUGAAUUCAAAGUGAUUUCAUAACUAAUUUCAAAUUUUUACUCAAAAUAACUAAAUUGGCUGUUUUGGGCUACAAUUUAAAAUGUAUUUUUUAAAAUGUAAAUUUAAAAUUUAAAUUGAAUUACCAAACAGGCUAUCCUAAAAAAGACAAAAUAGGGGGGGGCAGGGCCUGACCGCCAUGCUGGCCAGGCGCAUGGCACAACAGCUCCAGCAAACUUCGACCUAAAACCCUACAAUAAGGAACUUUUAGACCUACCUGACAACCUCCCGCGGUGGGCCGGCACAUGAGGAGACACUGGAACCGGGGAGAGGCUUGCAUCCCAUGUUUUAGUCCCCCGGAGAGAUAUGCAUCGCUACUUCUGGGAUGAGGCCUACUCAGGCGGUUAGUGAGGCGGAUUGCCGCCCCCUGCUAUCCUGCCCGAUGAUAUCCAGCCAGACUCCCUCAGCUGAGCGGACCAGGCCCCCCAUGUAACCAACGCAAGCCCUGCAAACCUGUAUGGGGCAGACCACCACGCAUUCAUAUAAAGCCUCAGCAGCUGCAUGGCUGAUGUUACCAAGGCCCAGAGCCCAUACCAGGCGAAAAGGCUGGAGCGGCUCCAAGCUGAUACGCGAAGCGUAGACCAAGCCACUCAGACCCAACAGAUAACCCCUCGGGCCUGCCCAGACGACUGGCACAGAGCACACACCAUCGCUCCGUCCCGAGGAUCAGGCCCGCAACGCCUCCACAACGGCACAGCGACACCUAACAGCCAGACAACAGGGAAGGGACAUCAAACAGCUGGAGGACAGCGGCUGAGGCAAACCCUGUAUCGCAGGGGGACUUACCAUCAUUACGUACCCAUCCUAAAGAACCCAGGCAGAGGCAACUUGAAGGAACAGCUCUAACCCCACCGAGGGUGCAAAGCCUGCCUAAUACCCCUCCAGGGAGUAUGACUACUCAACUGCAAGCCACUGAGGUGUUAGGGUGUCCCCACAGUAUAAGCGAGUGCUCUCAAGACUCUAAGUGUAUAUUAAACUAAAUACAGGGAGUGCAGAAUUAUUAGGCAAAUUAGUAUUUUGACCACAUCAUCCUCUUUAUGCAUGUUGUCUUACUCCAAGCUGUAUAGGCUCGAAAGCCUACUACCAAUUAAGCAUAUUAGGUGAUGUGCAUCUCUGUAAUGAGAAGGGGUGUGGUCUAAUGACAUCAACACCCUAUAUCAGGUGUGCAUAAUUAUUAGGCAACUUCCUUUCCUUUGGCAAAAUGGGUCAAAAGAAGGACUUGACAGGCUCAGAAAAGUCAAAAAUAGUGAGAUAUCUUGCAGAGGGAUGCAGCACUCUUAAAAUUGCAAAGCUUCUGAAGCGUGAUCAUCGAACAAUCAAGCGUUUCAUUCAAAAUAGUCAACAGGGUCGCAAGAAGCGUGUGGAAAAACCAAGGCGCAAAAUAACUGCCCAUGAACUGAGAAAAGUCAAGCGUGCAGCUGCCACGAUGCCACUUGCCACCAGUUUGGCCAUAUUUCAGAGCUGCAACAUCACUGGAGUGCCCAAAAGCACAAGGUGUGCAAUACUCAGAGACAUGGCCAAGGUAAGAAAGGCUGAAAGACGACCACCACUGACAAGACACACAAGCUGAAACGUCAAGACUGGGCCAAGAAAUAUCUCAAGACUGAUUUUUCUAAGGUUUUAUGGACUGAUGAAAUGAGAGUGAGUCUUGAUGGGCCAGAUGGAUGGGCCCGUGGCUGGAUUGGUAAAGGGCAGAGAGCUCCAGUCCAACUCAGACGCCAGCAAGGUGGAGGUGGAGUACUGGUUUGGGCUGGUAUCAUCAAAGAUGAGCUUGUGGGGCCUUUUCGGGUUGAGGAUGGAGUCAAGCUCAACUCCCAGUCCUACUGCCAGUUCCUGGAAGACACCUUCUUCAAGCAGUGGUACAGGAAGAAGUCUGCAUCCUUCAAGAAAAACAUGAUUUUCAUGCAGGACAAUGCUCCAUCACACGCGUCCAAGUACUCCACAGCGUGGCUGGCAAGAAAGGGUAUAAAAGAAGAAAAUCUAAUGACAUGGCCUCCUUGUUCACCUGAUCUGAACCCCAUUGAGAACCUGUGGUCCAUCAUCAAAUGUGAGAUUUACAAGGAGGGAAAACAGUACACCUCUCUGAACAGUGUCUGGGAGGCUGUGGUUGCUGCUGCACGCAAUGUUGAUGGUGAACAGAUCAAUACACUGACAGAAUCCAUGGAUGGCAGGCUUUUGAGUGUCCUUGCAAAGAAAGGUGGCUAUAUUGGUCACUGAUUUGUUUUUGUUUUGUUUUUGAAUGUCAGAAAUGUAUAUUUGUGAAUGUUGAGAUGUUAUAUUGGUUUCACUGGUAAUAAUAAAUAAUUGAAAUGGGUAUAUAUUUGUUUUUUGUUAAGUUGCCUAAUAAUUAUGCACAGUAAUAGUCACCUGCACACACAGAUAUCCCCCUAACAUAGCUAAAACUAAAAACAAACUAAAAACUACUUCCAAAAAUAUUCAGCUUUGAUAUUAAUGAGUUUUUUGGGUUCAUUGAGAACAUGGUUGUUGUUCAAUAAUAAAAUUAAUCCUCAAAAAUACAACUUGCCUAAUAAUUCUGCACUCCCUGUAGGCAAUAGCAAUGGUAAACGCAAACUAACAUACCCUAGCAACAGUUAACCCAUGAGUAACUAAUCAUUUAAAUUGUGCAAGCCUCAUUAAGUGCCCUCACCCUGUUUAUAUGCAUUAUAAGCUCUGCUGACAUGUUACCUGCUCGUGGGACAUGACUAGCCUGUUUGUAACACUAUUGACCGCUAGCAAUAUAUGACCAACUAUAGUAAUAUGAGCUAUAGCUAAAGUGUUUUAGGCAGCAUGUAUAGCCUGACUGUUACUUUUACUUUACCACGCCUGUCUUUGUUUACUCUUGAAUUUCUUAUUAAAAAAAUUUUUUUUUAAAGUGCAGCGCAUCUUGAACCUGUCACCAAAAUGUCACCAAUUAUCUACAACUGUAACAUCCUUUGGUAUUACUGACAUUUGUAAUUAUCAAUGCACUUUAAAAAAAAAAGAAUUAAAAAAAAAAAGACAAAAUAAGUCCUCUAGGGGAACAUGCUUGUUCCUUUUUUGACAGUUGUUGAACGCUAAAUGGCUGUCUCUAUUGCAUGCGAAUAAUGGUUGUUUCUGUGUUAAGAAACAAUGUAACUGUUAAUGUUUUAAAAUCUCCCACAGAGACUAAUGAAACAUUCUAAAUGCUAUGUAACACCUGGCUCCAAUGGCAGAUGAUAAGAAUUGCCACCUGAUGAUUUCUGACUUAAAACGGAACAUGCCUCAUCAGGAUGUAAAGAGGAAACGUUUAUGACUGCAAAUGCUCAAUGCAUCCUCUAUAUUUAAAGGUUACUCCAACCACCAUAACAACGUCUGCUUUUAGAAGUGGUCAUGGUGGUAGGAGUCAGUAUGCGCAGUACUUCAGCUUGGAGCAACGCACAUACUGAGACUUUGACACUUUUGUGCCAGGGGCUAGUUAACUUAGUUCCAGGCUAACAAAUGUCAAUUCUAUGCAUAAAAUACUCUAGCACAAAAUUACACAAAGCCUCUCGUGUUCUGUGCAGCCCUCCCCGUCUCCCAAUCAGAACAUGCGCUCUGAGCAAGUUAAAUGGUCCAAUCACAGGCUUCUCUCUAUUAAAAACCUGUGAUUGGACCGAUCAUUUCUGCCGUGACAUCAUAAAGCCAGGCGAGUAAAGAUUAAAUGUGAAUCUAUUUUCUAGCGAUAGGGAAGGGGGACCUAAAUAAUAAUGCCCAAUAGGGCAAUUUUUCAUUAAUUUAAAUAAAACAUUUAAAAGAAUUGGAGUAACCCUUUAAAGGGAUUCUCCAGUGCCAGGAAAACAAACACGUUUUCCUGGCACUGCAGAAUCCUGGAGGUCCUCAUCCCCCAUCCCAAGUCGCUGAAGGGGUUAAAACCCAUUCAGACACUUACCUGAGUCCAGUUUCGAUGUACCUCGGCACUGGGUCAGGCUCCGCCCACGCUCCUCCCCCGUCGACAUCCGCCGGCGGGGGAAACCUAAUGCGCAUGCGCGGCAAUGGCAGUGCGCGUUAGACCUCUCCAUAGGAAAGCAUUAUUCACUUAUUAUAUACUUUCCUAUGGGGAUUCCGGCAACCCCGGAGGGCCUCGUGCAUAGCGUGAGGACGUCCAGCAUCGUUUAGACGACCAAAAGUCGUCUAAGAAGCUGGAAGUCCCUCUAGUGGCUGUCUACCAGGACUUAACCCUGCAAGGUAAAUAUUACAGUUUAAAAAACUAAUAAAUAAUUACACUUGCAGGGUUAAGGGUGGUGGGAGUUGGCACCCAGACCACUUCAAUGAGCUGAAGUGGUCUGGGUGCCUACAGUGUCCCUUUAAGUACAUUUUAGCCAUAAAGCCUAGCUAUAAAAACUGUACACAUAAUUUUCAAUAAUCACCUGUGAAAUCUAACAAGUCAGGUUUAUAGAAACACUAAGGGCAAUAUGCUGAAAUUAUCGCAGGUGAAGUGUGCAUUCACAACUUUUAUUUUUUGGUGUCCUGGUUGAUUUGCAAUGGGAAUGAAUUUGAAAACGCACAUGUUUCUCAAUGUAUAUUUAAUCUCCAAUGCAGUAAACGCUCGGUGCUGGAAGUGGAUGAAUGUUAUUGUGCAAACACAAGACACAAUUAUCGACCACGGCUAUUCCUUAGCUGCAUUAACAAUGCCUUCUAAUGACAAACACAGAAACAAGCCCAUAAUUAGCUGUUUGUUUACCUAAACGGAAGAGCAACUCCAUAUGUUAUUUAUGUCUUUUCCUUAUCUUCAACUCUGCAAAUACUGCUUAGAUUAACUACAGUUCAAACAUGUGUCUGACAGCCACUAUUAUCCUUUUUUGUUCAGUCUUUGAGUAAUUGAGCCUAGAACACUUACUUUAAAUUCAAAUGGAAUUAAACCGGAAAGUGUUCAGUCUCUAAAUGGUUCUUUGUAAAAAUUAGAUUAAAGUAGAGAUUUGUCCAGGAAAACAUUAUAUUGUACAAAGUUAUGGUAACUUUUACAUAUCUAUAAAUAGUUAGUUUUGAGAUAAAACUGUUUAUAUAUAUAUAUAUGGAAGAUCAUUUAAAAAUGUAGCCCUAAUGCAUCGUAAAGUAUUUUGCUUGAGCGAUGGUCUUCAACUUGCAGAGAAACAGAUUUUUCUGCCCCAGGUCAAUUCCGUCACUCUGCAUCACUGCAGAAGGACUGUAAAUAAUUACGUAAUCUAUUCCUUUGAUCUCUAGCAUAGCAAAACUACAGAGCUUCUUUCAAGAGUCAGAGUAAACUGAGUACACUACGCAAGUUCAGUUUUUUGGUUUUAUAAAGGAAAAAAAUCUGGAAGUGAAGGGCUUAUCACACUGUUACUAAAACAUCAAAAGUUCUUGAAAAUUUAUAUUUUCACGAGUCUAUUCACAGGGAGCCGUUGUAAGAUUCUAGCUGAAUUGCAAAUGUGAAGCGUAAAUAACUAAAUUAAAUAAAUGAAUAACUGAAAUAACUCAGUUUAGUGAAUUCCCCAAUACUGUAGUAAUAUAACCAUAUCUGUUAUUUUAUUUACCAGUCCUAACCUUACCUGGAGAGACAUGCAGCACCUGGUGGUUUGGACCUCUGAGUAUGACCCACUGGCUAAUAACCCAGGCUGGAAAAAGAAUGGAGCUGGUUUAAUGGUUAACAGUAGAUUUGGAUUCGGCCUUCUCAAUGCUAAAGCUUUGGUUGAUCUAGCAGAUCCGAAGACAUGGAAAGGAGUCCCUGACAAGAAGGAGUGUGUUGUGAAAGACAGCGACUUUACCCCAAGGUAAGAUUCGAUAACAUAGCUCCUUAAACCAACAUAAAUUCACAAAUACAUUCCAAGACGCAUUCAUUCAUUUUAUUUUUUAAAAACAUUUUAAAAUUGUGUAAUUUUGAGAAAAUAAACAAUUUGUUCUCAAAAUUUUAAGAAAAUGUUACAAGAUUCAUUGUAUGUAACAAAUAGGUAUGUAACGAGAAGAGGACUUGCUAGUUGACCCUUUGUUAAUACAAAAAACUGCAAGAAAAAAAAAUUAAAUAACACAUGUAAAAUUAUUAAAAGCUUUAUUCAGUAUGUCUUAAUAGUGUUCUAAGAUAAAAUUCACAACAUACUCAGAAUGACAAUAAAGAUGAGAAUCCUAUAGCUCUGAAUUACUUUAAUCAGUCCCUGUAUUGGAAUCCAAUACUGUGAAUUUUGUUUCCAGCUAAAUUAUUCUAUGAGUUUCAAAUGUGUUACAGUGAGGGGUAAAAGUAUUUGAUCCCCUGCAGAUUCUGAAUGUUUGCACACUGACAAAGAAAUGGUCAGUCUAUAAUUUUAAUGGUAGGUGUAUUUUAAUAGUGAGAGACAGAAUAUCCCUCUCCCCCCCCCUCCAGAAAAACGCAUGUCAAAAAAGUUAUAAAUUAAUUUGCAUGUCAAUGAGUGAAAUAAGUAUUUGACCCCUUCGACUUAGUACUUGGUGGAAAAACCUUUGUUGGCAAUCACAGAGGUCAGACGUUUCUUGUAGUUGGCCACCAGGUUUGCACACAUGUCAGGAGGGAUUUUGUUCCACUCCUUUUUGCAGAUCCUCUCCAAGUCAUUGAGGUUUGGAGGCUGAUGUUUGGCAACUCAAACCUUCAGCUCCCUCCACAGAUUUUCUAUGGGAUUAAGGUCUGGAGACUGGCUAGGCCAGUCAGGGACCUUAAUGAGCUUCUUCUUGAGCCACUCCUUGGUUGCAUUGACUGUGUGUUUUGGGUCAUUGUCAUGCUGGAAUACCCAUCCACGACCAAUUUUCAAUGACCUUACUGAGGGAAGGAGGUUCUCACCAAAGAUUUGGUCCCGUCCAUCGUCCCUUUGAUGCGUUGCAGAAAAACACCCGCAAAGCAUAAUGUUUCUACCUCCAUGUUUGACGAUGAGGAUGGUGUUCUUGGGGUCAUAGGCAGCAUUCCUUCUCCUCCAAACACAGCGAGUUGAGUUGAUGCCAAAGAGCUUGAUUUUGGUCUCAUCUGACCACAACACUUUCAUCCAGUUCUCCUCUGAAUCAUUGAGAUGUUCAUUGGCAAAUUUCAGACGGGCCUGUACAUGUGCUUUCUUGAGCAGAGGGACCUUGCGGGCGCUGCAGGAUUUCAAUCCUUCAGUUAUUUUGUGUUUCUUCCACUUGCGAAUAAUCACACCAACUGUUGUCACCUUCUCACCAAGCUGCUUGGCGAUGGUGUAGUAGCCCAUUCCAGCCUUGUGUAGGUCUACAAUCUUGUUCCUGACAUCCUUGGACAGCUCUUUGGUCUUGACCAUGGUGGAGAGUUUGGAACCUAAUGUAUUGAUUGCUUCUGUGGACAGGUGUCUUUUAUACAGGUAACAAGCUGAGAUUAGGAGCACUCCCUCUAAGAGAAUGCUCCUAAUCUCAGCUCGUUACCUGUAUAAAAGACACCUGGGAGCCAGAAAUCUUGCUGAUUGAUAGAAGAUCAAAUACCCUUUUCACACAUUGACAUGCAAAUCAUUUUAUAACUUUUUUGACAUGCGUUUUUCUGCAUUUUUGUUGUUGUUGUUAUUCUGUCACUCACUGUUAAAAUACACCUACCAUUAAAAUUAUAUAUCAAUCAUUUCUUUGUCAGUGGACAAACGUUCAAAAUCAGCAGGGGAUCAAAUACUUUUUUACCUCACUGUAUGUGUGUAUAAUGCAAAUUCAUAGCAAUAAAACUCACAGUAAAAAAACAAUAAAUCUGUUUAGAAACCAUUCUGUGUUAAAGAGAAAAUAUGAUCUGGUUCUAAAUUACAUUUUCAUUUGCAGAAAAUGUUAUUAGUAGAGCAUGAAGACUCUUAAAAUAUCCUGACAUAAACUGUACCUUCAGCCACAACAUCUCGUCUAGGAAAAUAAAUAUCAAACUCUGCUUGUUCCACAACAUAAAUAUAAUUAAAUAUGUAAUUUUAUACAAAUUGAACUCAAGCUGAAACAUUACUGCAUCUUUAACAAGUUGCAGAUACAGAAAAACAUAUUAAUAGUAUAACAAAAUACUUAAUUAUAUGUCAACACCCCCAUGUUAUUAAGUUCAAUUAAUCAGCAUUGGUAAAACAAAACACAACUGUCACAGAAUAAAUGCAAUCAGGGAGCUUUAUGAUUCCACUCUAAAAGAGUUUGUCACAAAAUAAACUCAUCAUUCAUCAGUAUGCUUACCCCCUCUAGUGGCAAAAAAUGGGUAAAACAUUAUACUUGCUCUACUAACUUCAAAUGUUUGUUAGAUUUACUUACACAUAUACAUUCAAAAUAGUCUAGGACAGCCAGAUAGGAGAAAAAAAAUUAAAAGUAUCUUACUUUGACUAUUUUUUUCAACUUCGCUAUUCUAUUUUGCAUCUAAAAUUAUGUAAACACUAAUUGCAGAAAAUCCCUUUUACUAAAGACAAAUUAAAAUGCCAAAGAGUCGUUUGUAUUAUGUUUGUAGUCACUACAAUAAAAGUGACAGGACAAGUAACAGGAACUAUAUUGACUCUUCUGUUCAUUGUUUUUCAAAAAGUGUGAUUCUGUACUUAAACGGGCGCUCUAAACACCAAAACACUACAUUUUAAUGAAGUGGUGUUGGUGCGUAUAUUCUCUCCUUUUUUUUUUCAAACAACAUAAAACAUUUCCAUUUCUGUCCGAUGCCAUGCAUCUAGUGCUAAUUGUUGAGAAUGUAAAGUAAAUUUUAGAUUGGUGCACUGCCAAAAAAUGUGGUUUGUCUGAAUCAAUUUGUACGAAAAUAAAUUUUGGUUCAGACAAACUGAAUUUCACCCAUUGGGCGUUUCAGCACAUCCAAAUUUGUCCAAUAAAUUGUGAUUGAAAUUAAUCAAAUUACAAUUUCUCCCUCUUUUCUUCAAUUUGAUCUUUCAACUGUUUAGUAGAUUUAUUUAGCUCUCUGUUUUAUAUUUUGUUAUAAAAUGGGAGGCCCUGUAAUCUAAAUAGGAAACAAUGUAACGUUAAAAGUGAGAAAGUGAAGUCAUCUGGAUAUAAGCAUGGGGUGUCUGAGAAGAGGCAGCCCAGUAGAUGGGGAACAGCAGAGAAACGUUGUAAGGGAUGAGGAGUUAAGGGGUCAGCAAAUAUACGUCCCUAACGAAGUCCACUUUUGUGGAUAUUUAGAAGGAAUGCGGAGAUGGGGAGCGUCAAAUGUGUUGCGGGAGGGAAUUCCAUAGGGAGCGGACAACCGUUGAAAAGUCUUGCAGGCAAGAGUACAAGAUACAAAGUUUCAUCUCUUUAUUUACAGGUUUUUAAGAUCAGAAGGGGAGAUCACAAUAGAAAUACCCACAAAAGCAUGUGAAGGUCAGGAUAAUUACGUAAAGUCUCUGGAGCACCUGCAGCUGGAGGCCACUAUAGAGUAUACUCGUCGUGGAGAUCUUCACAUCACCCUGACAUCACCAUCAGGUAGGAGAAAACACAGUCUUUGGGCUACCAUUGUUUUAUAUAAUUGGAUGGGCAUCUCUCUAUAUUUUCUAAUUGGCUGCUGGUUUUGUGUGCGAUAUAUCUAUAAAUAAAGAAUGCCGAAGCUACUCUUACAAGCUGUGAUUAAUGUUGCCCACAUCUUUGUGGAUGUUCUGCUCUGGCAAUGCAGUAGAAUGUUUAUAACAUUUUAACAGAUAUGGUCUUUGGGUUAGUGGGUGCUGUAAGGUGCUAUAAAUGAAAAAUAUUGCCAAUAUGUCUUGCUCAGUAGUGAAAUAUUAUCGAUAAAGUAUAUAAAAUAAUAAAAAGGAAGAGGCCCUCUACCCUCCCCUUUGUUUACCUUUCUGUUGGCAUCUAGAGUGGGCAGUGACUGUGGGUUUGGAGAAAAUUAUUUUUGAAGAAAUAAAAACACAUGAUUUUUUUUUUUCACAGGGACGAGCACAGUCCUUCUUACAGAGAGAGAACGAGACAUGUCUUCUAAUGGCUUCAAGAACUGGGACUUCAUGUCUGUCCACACCUGGGGUGAGGAUCCCGUAGGAACAUGGACUCUGAAAAUCACUGAUGUGGUAAGAUAUUUUACUCUUCUCUGUUCAAGGAAAUAAGAUCUCAAGAGGUCCACCUGAACUGCUAAUAUACAUGUAAAUACAUAGCACCAAAAUAAUGUUACAAAAUUAAAUAUUAAAUACCAGAUCAUUUUGAUAUAUUGUUUUGAUAUCAUUGCCCUCAGAUGGCAGAGCGGUUAGAAUUAAAAUUUGGGCUUUUGCAUUGGAUGCUUAGACACCUGAUUCCACUCACUGAGUGAAAUGGGGUAAUUCCACAAUGGCUGGUGACGUAAAAAUGACCAAACUUUAUCCCAUAGCUGCUGAUGGCUACUUGCUUCAUACUGAUUGGCUAUUAAGAUGUUUGGUUUGCUUGCACACACAAUAAUGCAAUAAUUUGCAUUAAUAGCAUUCCGAUAUGACACUGAUCCAUCAGCAUUCCCUGUGCUGGGAAUAUAGAGGCUGCUAAAAAUAUUUUAAAAUAUUCACAAUUUUUGAACUAUAAUUUGUUGAUUUAAAAUGAAUAGAUUACAAUUUGAGCUUUUAUAAUAUGAUUGAUUUCAGUUGGUGUGUGAUCUGACAGCUCAAUUGAUUUCUCUUUAAUUACCACACAAGGGGAACACAUUCAGCAGCCCCCUACUCGGUAUUAAAGACCACCACGAAAGGGUUUCUUUGUUAAAACAGUAGAGAUUGGUGCAACCAUCUACUGGCUGUUUGCAGGAUUACAGGCAUAUUUUAAAAGAGAAAUAUUAAACAUUUAGCAAGUGACAUCACAACAUAGUUUAGUCUGGGCACAGCCAGGGCACAAUAUGCAAAUGAGAAGAAGAAAGAAACAUUGCUCAUGUUUCUCCUUUUCCACUCAUUAUGUUUAAUGACAGAAAAAGGACAACAUUAAUGACAGUGAUUGACAGGAAGCUAAGAUGGAAUUCUAAUAAACAAAUAUAGAAUUUUAUGUUUAAUUUUAAGACCUUUAAACAUGUUUGCUACGUAUAGGGCAUUAAUAAUCACUAUAUAGUUACGUGUAAUAGUUAUUAUAAUCUACUCACUCUUCCAUGUUCCAGUCUGGAAGAAUGCAAAAUGAAGGAAGAAUUGUUAAUUGGAAACUGAUUCUGCAUGGAACGUCCACCAGACCGGACCACAUGACCCAACCCAGAGUCUAUACCUCCUACAACGUUGUUCAAAAUGAUCGAAGAGGUGUGGAGAAGAUGGUGGACAUUGGAAAGGUGAGCUUUGAAUAAAUAAAUAAAAUGUAAAUAAAAUCGAGACUUAUGGAAAACUGACCAACAAGUUGAAAAGUUUAGGUCAAAAUUCUCCAAGUCAUUAAUUUUUCCAGUUCUGAUAAGUUUACCUAAAAUAUGUAGUUCCUUGGUCAAUUCUCUUCAAUUUCUUGUUUUAGUGAAUAAAACCAAGGGCAAAAGGCAUUCUUUUUUUUUUUAAAGAUAAAUGUGUACUUAAAAGACCACUAUAGUCGCUCCGAAGACUUAAUCUCCAUGAAAUGGUCUAAUUGCUGUGGUCCUGUCCUUUUAACCUAGCAAUAUAAACCAAUACAGUUUUUAUAAACUUUAAUGUUUACAUUGUAGGGUUAAGUCCACCUCUAGUGGCUAUCGGUAUAACAGGCACUAGACGUGCUUCCGUUGUGCUGACCCAGUAAAACUCGGUCAUGUGACACAGAAGCCACCAUGGGAAAGCAUUGACUGAAUGCUUUCCUAUGGGGAAGUUUAAAUGAUCGCUUGCUUCGCAUGCUCGUUAGGUCCCCAGUGCUCCUGGGGGAGUUGGGGAGCUGAACAGCUGGUUUGUAUUCCUAAUGCUAUAGCGUUUCUUUAAUUAUAACAAAGAAAUGGUUACAUUAUAGCACAAAAGUGAAUUUGCAUAUCUCCAAACAUUUGUCCGACUGAUAUGUUAUUAAUUUUGCUUAUAAUCCAAGCUGUGUUAUUUAAUUUUUCAGGAUGCUGUAACUGAACAGCCCGCCACAACGAAAAAUAUCCCAGAUAGUAAAGAGAUGGCUGAAAUGGAGGAAUUAGCGAAAUCACGGGCAAUGCUCCGUCUCUUGCAAAAUGCGUUUGACGGAGGAACGUUUCCAGUCUCAUCAGAAGAAGCUGCUAUUCCCAAAUCCCAUUAUUAUCACGCACUGGAUAAAAUAAGCAAACAGUCGAGUGGGAAGGACUCGGACAGUCACAUGUAUAAUGACUACCUUGACCGCUUCUAUAGUGCCAGACCUUACAGACACAGAGAUGAUAGAUUACUUCAAGCUCUUAUGAAAAUUACAAACAAGAAACCAUAGGUUUUACCAUAUUCCACCACGUUGGAAAUACUCAUGCCUUUCAAUCACAUUAUAUUUUGGAUUUCUCUGUUUGGAACCCCGUAAUAAUGUUAAAUCAUUGAAAAAAAUAAAACCAUAGAAAACAAAGAAUAUAUUUAUAAAUACAUUCUUUUCCAAAUCUUGGCCCGGUGCUCAGCUGCACACAAUUACAGUCUCCAAACAGAAAGCCAGCACUCAAGGACUUCAAUGUGAAAAAAUAGGCAUUUAAUCCAAGUGGUCAACGUUUCAGUUCACAACUGUGAACUUUCCUCAGGACAACUUUCCGCAGUCUCUGUCUCUCCCUGAGUGUGUCCUGAGGAAAGUUCACAGUUGUGAACUGAAACGUUGACCACUUGGAUUAAAUGCAUAUUUUUUCACAUUGAUGUCCUUGAGUGCUGGCUUUCUUUUUGGAGACUAUAUUUAUAAAUAAUCAUAAAAAGUAUGUCUUUUAGCGUGCAAACAUGCUCCUAUAAAUACAGCAAAUAAGAUGCCAAACACAAAGAAAAUAUAUAAAACAAAAUCGUAACCCUGUAAUAAAUACCCCUUCAAAAAUAAAGAACAAUGAAAUGUUAGCUUUAAACAAUGUGUUGGAUAAACAUCCGAGAAUAAUCUGUUUAGUGUGAUUUUAAAAUCAUACCUGGUAAAUCAUGCUGGUUUAUAGGAAUAUAUUUUUUAGUUUUUGUUUGUUUGUUUUUUUACUUUAACACCUAUGGUUUGAACCUUGGAUGUGUGCAAGCUUAAAUGCCCUGCCUGACCAAAAAUAAAUAAAUAAAUACAUAUUUUAUUUUUUUAAUCAAGUCUAGUCUAGCCUAGUGUAUAUGUGAAAUGGAUUACAUUGUAUCCGAACUCACACGUGGAUUAAAACGUAUAGGUGUAGGAAAAUAUGGUCUAAACAAAGAUAACCUUACAAUUAACUUCUCAUAUUCUAAAUACAUGAAAUUCGAAAUGUUUAUGAAGGUUAAUUGCUUAGAUGUUGUAAGAGAUUAUUUUUUAGCACAUUUUAAGGAUGUAGCACAUUUUUAUUUCUUCAUUAUUGUGUUCCUAAAACAUUUCCUUUUAUCCUGUAAUAGCAACUUGCAAGGCUUUUCAUGUAACAAGUGUGUGGACUACAUUACCCACGAUGCCUGGAAAUUCCUUUCACAGGUAGUGCAUCAGGGGAAAUGUAGUACAGAAACAUCUGCAGUAGCAAUUCUAGCCGGUCACUGCAGGUUUAUUUGCCAAGCAAUGUGCGAAGGUGACUUGAAAUCUGACUACUAGCUUUUGGGUUAGAAUAUGUGAUCUGUAAAAAGAUUCAGCAGAUAUUUAUUCCGCAGUCUCUGUCUCACAAGAAUUGUGGGAAUUGGUUGUGAACUCGCUAUUUAGUAAAUCAAACCGACCUCCAAAACAGUACUUGCUAUAAAACAUAAACACUUUGAAAAAUCUAACUGCAAAUCAAUACAAGCAAGCAAAAUAUUUAACUAAAAUCUCUGAUCUCCGGCUAUGCAGCUGUUUUAAUCUGUAAAGAAAACAGAUCUUUAAUGAAAAUGAAAUGAUUUAAUGUAGACUGACUGCCACAACAUUAAUUAACAGGAGUUAAAGAGCAAAUUGCCUGGAAUUGAAAAAUCUAAAAACUGAAAACCACUUCAAAGAGCGUUUUAGCCUAAUAUAAGUCAAAUUGGAGAACAUCAAUUCAAAUUGGCUAUUUUGACCUAAAAUGUAAAACUCACUUUGAUUUGGAGACAAUUCCCAUUUUAGUCAUUGUCAAACCUAAUUUGAAAGGUUAUGAAUUCAUCUCAAAAUAGAUGCCUUUAUCAGUAUUGUGUCCACCUGGACAGUAAUAAAUUAUAUAUAUAAAUAUAUUACUUCCUGAUGCUAACAUUCUGUUUGCAAGCCCCUCGAGUAUAUUUUUUACCUUUAUCUUUCUCUCUUAUAAUAAUAUCUGUUCUUUCUUUUUUUAAGUUGGUUUCAAAUUGUCUUUCUUACCUUGCACAUAUCAAUAAAUUCAUACUUUUUGUUUGGGAAAGUAGACAACUCCCUCCAUAUACCUCAUGCCCAUAAUGUGUGCCCACUGGGGUACACAUACCAUGGAUUGGGAACCAGGGGUAUUAACCAAGCACCUCAAUUUUCCAAAUCUGGAGGGAUCUUUUGAGAUCACCAGGGAACUGUCCCCAGAAAGCCUAAUGUGAGAACAUAAUUUUGGAUACUUGCACUAUACUAAAGAACUAGGACCAUGCAGAGAAUACUACAACAGCCCUUAAUUGGGCUGGGUAGGGCAAGUGCUAUACCAGCCCUUAAUGUAGCUGGGUAUGGUGAGUGGUACAACAGCCCUUAAUGGGGCUGACUAGUGAGUGGCAUUAAGUGGUGUGCCAGUGACACAGAUUUUGUUUAGGCCCAUCCAACAGAGUUCUGAUUUAUGUACCACCCUAUAUUGGGAUUUAUUGUAUAAACCACCAUAGCCCAUGUAUCAUUUGCGUAAAGUUAAACUUUUAUAAUACUAGUGUUUUCUUAAUUUAUGCUGUUAGAAAUCUUUAAAAACCUCAAUCCCCUUAGCGAGUUGUUUCUCUAACUUUCUAAUAACCAGCAGUAAUGACCAUACACUAAUAAAGAUUGCUUACCAUGUUUAAAUUUACAUAUUUUGUCAUAUUUUGGAAAAGAACAUCUCGUUCUUUUGUUCUGCAUACAAUAUUAACGAUACCUGACUAUUCUGCAGAACCUUGACAUGAGGCAAAUUAACUAUUUAUUUGUAUUAGUUUAUCAAAAAUUAUAGACUUUAAUUUUAUUUCCCUCUCAAUCAAUUUUACAGCCCAACUAUUUUGUAUUUAAAUUUAUAAAUCCCUAGGUAGCUCUCUACAAGUUACAUUUAAUGAGUAACUCAAUUUUUUAAACUGGUUACUUGCAGCUUGUCUUUUUUUAGCCUAUAGUUUGCAAAUUUGGGUUCUAAUUCACCAAAAUUCACAUUUCAAAUAAGGUAUUCAAAUAUUUUUCUACAACUAACAAUGGUUUAAUGUCUGAGCAAUUUACAAGCCUGUAUUAAUUGUUAAGUAUUUCAAUGUAAAAAAACACGGGACCAAAAAUUUUAAAACAAUGUAUUUUCUUUUAAGUUAUUAUUGUUAUUAUUAAUAUUAUUAUUGUAAUUUCAAUAGCGUAAAGCCUCGAGUUUUAUGUUUAUAUCAAUCAAAAAAAAAAUGAUCAAAGAAAAAUUUGAAAUAUAUUGAUUUCUGGACACCUUGUUUCUAUGUUUGUGCAAUAGACCUCCAGUGAUGCAAUACACAGACGCAGCCAAUGGUGGUAUUGCUGGCUGAGAGUGAGGACACUUGCACGGAAGCGUGAGCUCCGAUGCCUCCAUUGGCCACUCCUGUGUUAAUCAUUCAGCACUCGCCAAUAUUCCAUUGCUAAUGGUGCUUGUUUUAUGUUUUUAGAAAUGCUAAAAAACUGGAUAGACAUGAAUUUAUCUCAAAAUUCUAAACUCUAUUUUCUUUACAGUACUGUAUAUUUAUAUGUCAAAGCAUUUUAACGAACAUAUCAGGAUUUUAAAAAUACUUUAAAAAUUGUAUUAAUAAAAGUUUUAUUUCCAAAAGAGGAGAAAAAAAAACAUUUCAUUAAAUAAAAUAUUUUUAAAUGGCAUGUUCCAACAGUAGAAAAUGUAUGUCACAUGAUGUUAUAAUUUAAUUUUGUCUAAUGUGUAACAAUACAGUGUGUAAGC